AUGAAAGUAGACGAGUUAGAAGAGUUAGGAAUAGUAGAGAAAGUACCAGAAGAGUUUUUAGAUCAAGUAGUAGAAUCACCAAUAUUUGCAGUAUAUAAGAAUAAUGUGUUUGAUAGAUUAGUAAAUCAUUUUAAGAAGUUAAAUGAUGCGACAGUAGAAUUAGAGUACAAGAUUCCAGUUGUAGAUGAAGUAAUCAAUAGUUUGAGAGGAUGUAAAUAUUUUAGCAUCGGAGACGUUGUAAAAGGUUACUUUCAUGUGAAGAUGGAUUUGGAGUCAAGGAAAUAUACAGCAUUCAGGACCCGUAAAGGCAUUUACUGGUAUUUACGUAUGGCUAUGGGUUUGAAUGGAGCACCAGCAAGAUUCGCAGAGUUUAUCGAAGAGAAUUUUAGUGACAUAGUAAAAAAUUAUUUCGAUGAUCUCAUUAGUGGCGAUGUGACGUUAGAAGAGAAUGUAGUUAGAGUAAUCAGAAUGUUUUGGAUUAGAUGUAGAGAGAGACAAAUAUAUUUAAGUAGAAAGAAGUUAAAGUUAUUUAGAUUAGAGAUAGAAAUAUUAGGUAGAACAAUAAGAGAGAAUAUCAUUAAUAGUAGUAACCAAACACUUAGAGUUUUCAAGACAGAUUUCGAAAUAAAUGACGAAGCAAAGAGAGAAUUCGAUUUAUUGCGAAAAGAGUUGAAAAAUACAGUAGAUCUAAUGUUGCCGGAUCCAACAAAGGAGUACUUUGUUUAUACAGAUGCAAGCGAUAUCGAUCAAGCAAUCUUGACAAAGGAUCAGCUCAAGGCAUUGGAGUUGUUGUCACAAUUCAACUAUGAUAUCAAUCACAUUGAAGGAAAGAACAACGUGGGAGCAGAUGUGCUGUCUAGACUUCAGUGUUACCAGAUACCAUUGGAUUUCAGUUACUUGGACGAGAUUAAGAACAGUUAUAAGUCAAGUAAGGAUGUGGAAUUGGUAAAGUUACGUCAUAAGGAAUCAUGGAGAAAAUUACUUUUGGUAGAUGAAAAGCAUAUUAAAGAAGUAAUAACGGAAGCUCAUGGAACAGAAGGAGUUGGUGUGGAUAUUUCGAUGGAUUUCAUGGAAUUACCAAAGAGCGUUAAUGGUUAUGAUUAUGUUUUGGUAGUGGUGGAUCGAUUUUCGAAAUAUACAACUAUCAUUCCAACUACGAAGGAAAUCACAGCAUUGGGUACAGCAAAGUUAAUUCAUCAACAAGUGUUCUCAUUGUUUGGAUUACCGUUAUCAAUUGUAAGCGAUCGUGAUACUCGCUUUACAAGUGAAGUGUGGUUAGAACUCUUUAAGAAACUAUCGUUGGAGUUCAAAGACAAGUGGGAUGAAGAGAUUAAGAAUAUUCAAUUCGCGAUCAAUUCAACUUAUAAUUCAACAAUCAAACUAUCACCUUUCGAAGUAGUGCUGGGAUACAUUCCUGUAUCGCCAAUUAACAUGUUUAGAAACAAUAAUACAUCGAAUAGAGAAUGGAUCAGAGAGAUGGUCAAAGACAGUUUGUUGGAUAAACAAUUAGAUAUGUUGGAAGCAGAUGGAACCAUCAAGAACAAACCGACUUAUCAGAUUGGAGAUUGGAUGUUUGUCAAAGAUGAAUUUAUCAAUUUAGAAGUUGAUUGGAACACAAACACAGGAUCAAUUAAUAAUAAGAAUCGUGGACCGUUCAAGAUCACAAAGAUAUUUAAUAAUGUACAAUUCAAGUUAAACAAAGAUAAUGAAUCAUUAGUUAAAGGUAUACAACCAGAUAUCAUUGACAAUGAAGAAGAGUUUGAAAUAGAACAAAUCAUUGGAGAUCGAAUGUUCAGAAAGAAGAAGCAGUAUCAAAUCAAAUGGCUUGGCUAUCCUUUAGACAAAGCUACAUGGCAAUACUCAAAGAACAUGGAUCAUGCUAAAGAUCUUAUUAAAGAAUAUGAAAACAACAAGAAACAACAAAUCCAAUCAAAGAAGAAGAAGUCAACUAACCAUCCAGAUUGGUCACUCUUUGGUUCUCCAAUCUCAGUUUCUGCAUAUAUCCAAGGUCAAAGCGCCUAUGCUACAGAAUCUACUAGAGAUAGCCAACACUGCCACCAAGCGAUACCAAGAGUAGCUGUAGUUUAUGAUUGA